AUUUAACAAAAUGGGGAAAAAAGAUAAGUAAUAGUUUAUAUCACUCUAUAGAAUAAUGAGUCUAUUUUGAAAUAUUACAUAUUAUUUAUAAACUAAUUCAUGUAUGAUAUACAAUUCACAACAUAUUACAUCUUGAGGAAAUAUUAUGCUUUAAUAUUAUAAUUGAUUAAUGAAUAAAUUGAUUUGGAUUUGGUUAGUCUGUCUAGUUUUUAUUCCAGAACAUGUAAUACCAUCAUCGGAGAAACGUUUAAUUAAACAACUAAUUGAUAAUUAUGAAAAAGCUGGUAAAAUUGGACGCCCAGUAAAAAAUACUAAAGAUCGUGUAGUUGUUGGUUAUGGAUUGUCAUUAUUUCAAUUGUUAGAUUUAGAUGAGAAAAAUCAAAUAUUGACAAUAAAUGUUUGGGCAAAAUAUACAUGGAUUGACCAAUUACUUCGUUGGGAUCCAGCUAAUUAUUCAAAUAUACGUGAAGUACGAAUUCCACCAAGUGUAAUAUGGACACCAGACAUUGUACUUUAUAAUUAUGCUGAUGAACGUUUAAAAGAGAAACGUGAUGUUAUGUUGAAUGUUGAUUAUAUGGGUCGAGUAUUUUGGAGUCCACCAGCUAUAUUUAAAUCAAAUUGUCCAAUUGAUAUAAAGAAUUUUCCAUUUGAUUAUCAACAUUGUUUCUUAAAAUUUGCAUCAUGGACAUAUAACAGUGAACAAUUAGAUUUACAAUUUUUAGACAAUCGUACUGAAGUUGAUAUAGAUCAGUAUACAUCAAGUAAUGAAUGGUCACUUGUGGCUAGACCAGCAUAUCGAUUUGUUAUGUUAUCUGAUGAAUGCGGUAAAGAAAUACCAGAUUUAACAUUUUUCUUAUUCUUAAAACGUAAUCCUGCUUUCUAUGGAUAUUUAUUAGUGUUUCCAUGUGUAUUACUAAGUGUGAUUACAACAGUGAUAUUUUGGUUGCCUCCACAAAUACCAGCUAAAAUGAUACUUAGUAUGAAUAUAUUUGUGGCAUUUUCGUUGUUAUUAAAAAUACUUGCUGUUUCUACACCAUCAGCUUCAACAAUAGUACCAUAUUUGGGUUACUUUUAUUGUUUAAAUAUGACAUUACUUAGUUUGUCAACAUUUGCUUCGACAAUUGUUGUACAUUUACACUUUCAACGAGUAAAAUCAAAACACGUACCACCAUGGCUUAUAAAGGUGGUUAGAUUUUUUGCUACAUUGUUACAUGUUUCGAAAUUGGAACCACCUGUAGUGGCAGAUACCAAUCAAAAACUGAGUGUUGUUGAAGCACAAAUUAAAAAUGCCAAGAUGAAACAAAGUAUAAAAUCGGAAAAUCUACUUGAUACGUGGUCAUCGAAUCAACAAUUACCUCCAUCUAAUCCGCAGUCAAAUUUGAUCCAUUCUGCUGGUGUAGAAACACAAUGGGAUUACAAUAAGAUUUCAUCUACCGAAGAGUAUCUUUUAAAUCCUAACGAAUUAUCUGUUCUACAAAAGCAACAACUUUCAAUGCUAUCAGAUGGUUCACGAAUAUCUUAUUCCACUGGUGUGAAUGGCUGCCAGUUUCCAAGUCAUCACUAUCCGAACCAAAACUAUUUACAACAAAAAAGUAUUCCAUGGGGCGAUUAUGCUACGAAUCAGCCAAAUGAGUCUGGAACAGUUAAGAUACAUGAUAAGUUGCUUAAAAAAUUCCUACAAUCUAAACAACAAUCAAGAAGAUCUACAAUUCAACUUGGGUUCAAUUUGGGUGACUUAUGUAAUGCAUUAAAACAAUUGAUGCUGAAAAUAGCUAAAAAAGAUGAAAUAGCUCAGCGUGAUCGCGAAUGGCGGUUAGUUCUAAUGACGAUUGAUCGUUUGUUUUGUUGGUUCUACUCCAUUGUAGUCAUUGUUGCAGGAGUGUACUUAUUGUUCCCUAGAGGGCGUUCGCAUACAGUCAACGAAAUUAUAGCAAUGCAUCAAGAAGCCUACGAUAUACGAAAUCAAGCUGUUGCAAAGCAGUGUAUGAUGGGAUACUCCAAAACAAUAUAACACUUUGGGUGGAACCUCCCCACUUAACCUUCUCAUUGAGACCAUCUGAUUUUUUUCACCUCGUUAUUUUUAGUUCGUAAUCGUUUACCUUAAUAUCAAUCGUUCAGUAUUUAAUGGCCUAAUUUUAAGGUUAAACAGUGUUCGCGUUACGGAUUCCUUUUAUCCUUCAUGUUCUAUCAUAUUGAUCACCUGAAGUAGAAAAUUUGUUUUAAAUCUACUAUACUCAAUUAUUUCUUCUUUUUAAACGAAGUUAUGCAUUUCUGAUUUUAAAUCUUCACUCAGUCAUUAACUUAGUAAAUAUUUAUUAAUUCAGUUUUUUUAUUUUGCAAAAGGCCUAAAAGUAUUGAAUUCCUUCAAAGACUAGUUUGGACUACAAAACAUCCAAUCACUGCAGAAAUGAGUAUUUUUAUGGGUUGGAUUUUAAAGGAUUACUGACUACAUUUAUCUGAGUUAUAUCCUUAUGCUAUAAACCUGUACUUAUUACAAAAUAACUAAGUAUGAUCUGAUGCUCCAUAUUGUAGAGCAAUUACCGAGCACGUUAGGUGGUUGAAAAUUUAUUAUUAAGCUGAAUGCUGCAGUGUAUAUGCUAAAAUAAAAGAAUUACAUCGAAUAAUUAAUGGCCCUUCACAACGCACACAUGUACUGUCAACUCUUUUAAAUUACUAGUCAUUAUAAGGUGUUAGUACUUUUCUCAAUAGUCGACAAUAUAACUUCCUAAGCUGUUUAGUUUUCUCCUUAAAUUUAACUGAAGAGGUCGUGAGGUCGGUAAAUAUUUUAUUAUAUCUGAAUUUAGUAACUGUCGUAACGAAACUGCAGAACAUGCAAGUUUAGAAAAGUAGUAGGGUGGUCCAAAAAUCCAGUCGAGCUAAAAGAUAGCUUUCUAAGUAGGUGAACAAGUUUUGUGUAUGAUACAUUCAAUAAAUGAUUUCAUAUUGAAUAUUUGCCACAAACAAAAUGUAAGCAAAGAAUAUUGGUGAUUAACGUAGUCAAUCCCGUUGACUCAGCAUCCAGAAUAUUGUCACGGCUGAUCAUCGCCUUUGUGCAGGGCUUAACUGCAAAUAGUGACAGGUUUCCUUAUAUUAGUAAAUAUAAAAAUCCCAGUCAUGUUUGUCAUCUUUGACUUGAUAGCCAGAGAAGAAGUGAUUAUAUAAGCACUCGACUGGGAACAUUCCUAAAUGUAUGUUUGAAGAAUUGAAUUAACGGACAUGAAUAAUAGUAAUAAAUAAUCACACGAUUGAGCACAAAUUAAAAUGAGUACUGAAUUAAUGCAUUCGACAGUAACAUGAUCUGUCAGAUUGAGUUCUCCAAAUGUGUUUACAGGUGUGUGGGUUUAACAUAUUUGUAUAAAACCCCAUCGUAAUCCGGUGGAACAAUUAUUUAGUUUCAAUUGGUCAUUUUGGUCACUACCAAUGUUUCCAUGACAAUCUUCAUUCGUUUCGUUAUUUGGAUUGAGUAGCUGUGGUAUUUGUAAGAACUAAUUAUUCUUUUGUACUUGAUUACCCGCUUAUUACGAUUUCCAAAUACAAUACUGUCAUUUGUAUUCAUCUUGUUCUGUCUGGCUUAAAUUGCACUGUUUCGGGAAUUCUUAGUUAGUACACUGAUUCAAAUACUUCUAAUCAUCACAGCAACUUCUGCUGUUCUUGAAAAUCCGUCAAUAACCGAAUAAUCACAAGUAAGCGUUAGCUGUUAAGCUUUAGAAAAGCCUUAUUUGUGUUCCUGAAAAAUUCGACACAACCUUUUUUUCCUUGACCGAAAAUAACUUCUAGUAUCCAAUAUCUUGGUGACGAACUUGUAUAAGCCAGUCUAUUACUUUUCGUUUGCUUCUUGUUGUUUCAGUGUAGUUCUAAAUGAUUUUACUAACUGUUCACAGCCUGUAUUUGUUUAAAGCAAUUAGUCCCUUUUAUAAAUUUCGAUGGAACAAUGAGAAGACGGAGUUGAUCUGAAAAAUGUAAUGUAUUUGCACUAUACAUUUCGAACAAUCUGGUCACACAUAUACUUGUCAAGGCAUUUUUAUAUGAAAAUCAAUAAAGGUAUUUGUUUACCGUUCUUCACACCCUAUCGUUUAUUUUCUUCACUAUUUAAAUAUUUUUGCAUUUCAUAUUGUGGAAAUUUAAUGAUAUUCGUUGAUUAGUAAUUUGUUGUCUAUUUAUCAUAAUUUGACCUACUCUCCACGUUGAAGUAUUGAUUAGAACCUUUAUUUUCUCAAUUUCCUUAUCACUACUAGUACAUCUGCAUUCUUACUAUCAAUUUGUACUUUUUACCAAUAUGUUUAAUUGCAUAAUCUACUUCUUCGGGAUCAGUGACACAUUAACUACCCUGUCUCAUUUAAUAUUUUUACAUAACGAUACUAAAAUUCCUGGAUAUCAGAGUUACGUUUUUUGAAAAUCUAAUUGAAAACGGUACUAUUCACCCUUAUGUUUUACUAUAUUUUAUAUUCAAAAGACUUUAUCUGUGUGACGAAAUAUAACUAUCACAUAGAAAAUCAACGUAUUUUUUAUCACACAAGAGGCAAAAAUCUACAAAUUUUGGAUCAACAAUAUAGUUUGCAAAACUACAAAGUAUUAAACAGGCGAAUAUUUAGGUAGGACAAUGAAAAAAGGAAAGAAAUUAGUUUUAUACUUCAACAAGCCAUUAGCUGUGAUAGUUCAAUGUUUCUAUGUUUUAUCUUACAGAAACCAGAUACUCAAACACCCAGUUUCUGCAUACAUAUUUUUUCCAAAGACUCGUUUUAGGAAAUAUCGGUGUGCAGAUGUAAACCGAUUUAAAUAUUUUGUUACCUUAAUUGUACAAGACGAACGUUCUAUUUUCAUAUCUCUGACUGACAAGUGUGUUGCAUAAUGUAAUUCGCAUAUGCAUAUCUGUUUGCUCAAAAUGUACAGAAACAUAUCACAUCACCGGUUUCAAAU